AUGCCCAGCACGAACGAUUACCAUGUCAAUACGCAGUUCAGGAUGGGAGGAGAAGUAGCACCUGCUACCGCUAGGAUGAUGGGGAGCAAAAGUCAAAAUGAGCAGGCUCCCCUAAUGCCUCCAGUCGACGUUUCUGACGGUACUGGUGAAGUGAAGACUCGUCAGGGACAGAAAAGUGGCAGGCCUAGCGGCACAGAAUUAAAACAGUUUCAUCGUAAAUCGCUCGGAGAAUGGGAUUUCUUGGAAACUGUUGGUGCAGGCUCUAUGGGAAAAGUUAAACUGGCGAAACAUCGUUAUACAAAGGAGGUUUGUGCGAUAAAGAUUGUUAAUAGGGCUACAAAUGCUUUCUUACAUAAGGAGCAGUCCUUACCUCCUCCCAAAAAAGAGGAAGAGAUUUUGGAGAGGCAAAAGAAAUUGGAAAAAGAGAUAUCAAGGGACAAGAGAACUAUUAGAGAAGCUUCUUUGGGACAAAUAUUAUACCAUCCGCACAUAUGCCGUCUUUUCGAGAUGUGUACAAUGUCAAAUCACUUUUACAUGCUAUUUGAGUACGUUUCUGGUGGUCAGUUGCUGGAUUAUAUUAUUCAGCAUGGUUCUUUGAGGGAACAUCAUGCAAGGAAAUUUACUAGAGGUAUUGCUAGUGCUUUACAAUAUUUGCAUGCCAAUAAUAUUGUUCAUAGAGAUUUGAAGAUUGAAAAUAUCAUGAUAUCUACGUCGGGUGAGAUUAAGAUUAUAGAUUUUGGGCUAUCGAAUCUUUUUGAUAAAUCCAAACAAUUGCACACAUUUUGUGGCUCGUUAUAUUUUGCAGCACCUGAACUCCUGAAGGCCUCGCCUUAUACCGGGCCUGAAGUAGAUGUAUGGUCUUUUGGUGUGGUUUUAUACGUGUUGGUUUGCGGUAAAGUUCCCUUUGAUGACGAGAAUUCAAGUGUACUACAUGAAAAAAUCAAGCAAGGUAAAGUAGAGUAUCCCCAACAUUUAUCGAUAGAAGUCAUCUCGUUGUUAUCUAAGAUGUUAGUGGUAGACCCGCACAGAAGAGCAAGCUUGAAGCAGGUUGUGGAACAUCAUUGGAUGGUAAGAGGUUAUGAUGGUCCACCUCCUUCGUAUGUGCCCAAUCGUAUUCCUCUAACCCCAGAGAUGUUGGACAUGAAAGUUGUCAAAGAGAUGUUCCGCCUGGAAUUUAUCGAUGAUAUCGAUGAGACAAUGAAGUUUUUGCAUAUGAUAAUCUCAGAGGAUAGUUAUGUUCAUCUCUCUAAACUUUACUGGGCGUCUUUAGCUAACCUGAACGUACGCAGUACUAGUGGUGAUUUGAACAGUCCCACAGGUGGCGAUAUCACUAACUUGGACAGACAACAGGGUCACUCGUAUUCAAGGGAUACAUUCCAGGAUCCAACAAGGGCUUAUCAUCCAUUACUAUCCAUAUAUUACCUUGUUGACGAGAUGCUAAGACGUAAAUUAGCCAAGUUUCAAAGAAAGCAACAGACAGCCGCUUCACAACAACAACAACAACAACAACAACAACAACAACAACAACAACAACAGCAGCAGCAGCAACAACAGGAACAACUCAAAUUGGAGAAGCCCAUUCAAAUUGAACAUGCUCAACCUAAUCCUUCUGCAUCAGAGGCAAUACCUCAAGUUUCAAAUGAUGUGCAUAAAGAAGAAAGAAGCGGGGUGGCUGCGCCAUUAGUAUCUCCUCCAAUUACCACUCCCUCCAGUGGUGGGAAGCAAAGACCAUUGCAAGUUUUAGUACCGCCUAGACUAGCAAUUCCAGAACAAGCACAUACAUCACCAACUACUAAGAAAGGAAUUGAGUCAGGUAGAGAACCAGAUUUGGUCCUGUCUCCAAUUCCUCAAGUUAACGACUAUCAACAGCGCAGCAGCUCUCCCAUACCUUUGGAAACAACAGAUAAACCUAAAUUUGGCAAUAUAUUCAGAAAACUAUCACAGCGUCGCGCUCAGCAUCACGGUGAACAAUCUUCACCAAAUCAACAACCAAGACCUCAAAAUCUUCAACCACCUCAGAUACAGAUAUCUGCAGAAGAUGGAGGGAAACGCGUACCGAAGACUCACUCUCGUGCCAUUUCAGAGUGCACACCUGCAUCUGUCAAAAUUGGCUCUUAUGGACCCGCUUCGAAUGCUGAUCACAGAAAGAUAUUAAACACCCCGAUGAGGUCGGCCUCACAAAAACAGCAUGCUGAUCUUCCAGCUCUACCUAUGAACGCGGAGUCCAUGGUACAACAGCAGCGUGAAAAGCUAGUUGAACGCGACAUGGCAAAGCUAAAUGUCGCUGAUUCCUCGACUUCGUCCGCUCAGGCUGAUGAGCAGUUUAAUGGUGAUGAUUCCUUUCCUCAAGAUGAAAGUAAACCACUACCGCCAUUAAACGUUACUAAAGGACGUAAGCUGCAUCCAAGUGCUAGAGCUAAAUCCGUGGGUCAUGCUCGUCGUGAAUCCUUGAAGUUUAUGAGACCGCCAGUUCCAGCGGCUGUAGCACCAAGAGACUACGACGAAAAUGGCUUCUUGGAGUACAAUGAUGAUAAUAGAAGCUACAAUAAUGGUACUGAUGCAAGUACUAGUGGUGCCACCGAUAUGGUCCGGACCACAGGAGGAAGUACAGGCUAUUCAAAUAUCGACGAUGCUACUGUUUCAAAGUCAAGAGAUGGAGAACUUACAGAUGAACAAAUUUUACAAGAGGCUUCAAAAGCGCCUCCCGGAUCUAUGCCUUCUAUCGAUUACCCACGUUCAUUAUUCCUCAAAGGUUUCUUCUCUGUUCAAACAACAUCCUCCAAACCACUGCCAAUUGUCAGAUACAAGAUUAUGUUUGUUUUGAAGAAGAUGCAUAUUGACUUUAAGGAAGUGAAAGGUGGAUUUGUUUGUGUGCUGAAAUUCUCUAACCCAGUAACUCAUGGCAUUGCAGAGGGUGCUCCUGCCGCUCAACAGCAGCAGCAAUUCCUUCAGCCAGCGGCCGCUGCAGAUGUCAUUCAUAGAAGAUCCGGCUCUCGUCACGGAUCGAUAAGACGUCAAGGAUCCAUGAAGUACACUCAACCUGGUAUGCCAUCGACACCAAUGUCAGCCAAUCAUGAAAGAAACUUAUCUAUGACGUCAUCACCUCGUCCAACAGCUUCGGACGAUUUGUCGUCACAAUCUUUGGAGUCUAUGCAUCAAGAGGACAUACUGACAACUUCCAUGGCUCAGGAUAUGAACAAAUUGGAAAAUGAACAAGAAGAGCUGGUCAGUAAUAAGGAAAAACCACCCGUCAAGUUCGAAAUUCAUAUUGUCAAAGUUCGUAUUGUGGGUUUGGCAGGUGUACAUUUCAAAAAGGUUUCAGGUAAUACCUGGAUGUACAAAGAACUAGCGUCUGAGAUUUUGAGGCAAUUGAAUUUAUGA